AUGAGCCAGAACUACACCCAAGACCGGAAGCACUCAGCUUCGCUGCUGAAAUCGAUCCUCGAGGGUGAAAAGGCACAGCAUGGGGGGCAACAGCAGAGCAGUAUGAUUCACCACCCCAGACAACAGUACUGUCUGACCAUUCCCUACCUAGAGACAUCCCCAAGCACCUCGAAGCCAGCCGACGACUCCGUCUCCAUCCUGUCGACCAGCACAAUCGGCAGCACCAAGGCGCUGCUGAAGGACAAGUUCACGCGGUCUGAUGCUGCCAAGAAGGACGACAGGACAGACGACAAGGCAGACAACAAGUAA